GACGAACUAUGGAGAGGUCACUGCCAGAGGCCAGAGACCUAAAGAAUACCACCACACCCAAAGGGGGCGCGUCGGAGCAGCCGGCUACUUCCCUCCCCAGGAGGCCACUCGGGAAGGAAGAGCUGGGCGAAAAGGAAAAUCCAUAGGAACCAGAAAUGCCACCCCAUGGUGCUGUACAAAGCAGAAGACAGUUCCUGCCCCGAAGUGCUUACCAUCAAAGCAUGUAAGACCCACAAAGGGAAAGGUAUAAAGGGAGAGAAGACACAAACAGAGUGAACAAGUGGCCAGGAGAUAUCCUAAGAAUAAAGGGAAGGGACUAUAUUAGCAGAAAGUGAAUCAGACAUCCUGGGACUCAAGAACAGACCUACCCGCUAACCUGGACUUCAUCAUACACCUUCCAAUUCUGACCUCACAACACCUGGGUGGCUCGGCUGAAGAUGAGUGCUGUGCUUUUGAUUCUCUUGGUAUCCACGGUGAAUGCUGGCACCUUCCCAGAAAAGGGCUCGCUGAGACGGGAAACCCGGUGGCUGUCAUGCGUGCGAUGUUGUGGGCCUUCAGAACAGCCAGUCUCCGUAGCCUCUUCACGAUACGUUCGGAUGAGCAGCAACCCGGCCUAUUCACUCCCCAAAGUCCAGCCCACAAUUGAUAUCACCAUCCUGAAAGGUGAAAAGGGCGACACGGGAGAGAAGGGGAUUGCCGGAGGGUCAGGAAAGGAAGGGGAACGAGGGCUACGCGGCUUUCACGGACAGAAGGGACAGAAAGGCCACAUUGGCCCACCAGGCAACUCCUGCAAGCUGCUUUACGCUGCCUUUUCCGUGGGCCGGAGAAAACCCCUCCAUAGCUCGGAUUACUUCCAGCACGUCACUUUUGAUACAGAGUUUGUGAACCUCUACCAACACUUCAGCAUGUUUACCGGGAAAUUCUUCUGCUAUGUGCCCGGGAUCUACUUCUUCAACCUCAACGUCCACACCUGGAACUUCAAGGAGACCUACCUGCACUUAAUGAAGAACAACCAGGAGGUGGCCAUCCUCUACGCCCAGCCCAGCGAUCGGAGCAUUAUGCAGAGCCAAAGUCUCAUGCUUGAGCUGUGGGAAGGAGACGAGGUCUGGGUGAGAAUGUUCAAACGAGAGCGGGAGAACGGCAUCUACAGCGAGGAGUCUGAUACUUACAUCACCUUCAAUGGCCAUUUAAUUAAACCAGCUACAGAGUAGCCAAUUCUGUAUCUCUGGGCGCAGUGCUUUAGGAGAUCUCCUUGGGUGGGGUACUAACGCCCCUCUUUAAAAGGGCCCAUAUCCAUAUUAAUAUGGAAAUAAGUAGGCAGUCAAUAGCUUCAUGGCCUGAUUGUGGCUAGCAGCCAGCGGAGCUGCGUUUCAGCUUGAUAAUCCUCCCAGAAAUAUUUCUCAUGCAAACAUCUCAAUGUGCAGAGUGGAGGAGGGUGAGUGUGUGUGAAGAGAAUGGGCACAGUGAAGAAAAAUGCACAAAAGUGACGUGGAGUGCCAGCUUUAUGAGUUGUAGAAGCAGGGUAUCCAACAGACAUGCCGGGCCUGGGAAAGAUGGGGGGAGCUGACUCCAUGCCCCAGAAAGGGGCAGGGUCCCAGGUAGCAUGGGUGGGCUGGGGAUAGCUUCCCUUGGCUUCGUCUACACUGCACAUUUAUUUCGGAAUAAGCUAUUCCGGAAUACAGCCGCUCUCCGAGUUACAAACAAGUUACGGACAACACUUGUUCCGUAACU